GGAUUAUUCAGCUGUAUAAAGAGAGACUACGUCCAGAAAAUGGACCUUAUCACUCAACACAGAAUAAAGAAGGAGGCGCAAGAAUUUAUUGCCUCCAUUGAUCAAUCUGCUAUCUGCGAGCUAGCAACAUCAUUCCAUCCGGCGAAGAAGUGCUGUCGAAUAUUUGAUGAAGUGAAGAAAGGCGGGUUCAAUGUCUGCUUUCCAGUCGAAUUUAUGGAUUCACCGGGUGAGAGAUGGAUGGUCCGAAUCCCGAUUCUGCCACGCUUGGCUUUUCCAGAGGAAAAGCUACGCGGUGAAAUUGCUACAAUGAAAUUCAUCGCGGAAAAAACUACAAUACCUAUCCCCUGCUUACAUGGAUAUUCAAUUAAACAAGACAAUCCACUUGGCCUCCCAUUUAUGCUGCUGGAUUAUGUGGAAGGAAGGUCGCUCUUCACUGUGGAUAUUCGCAAGCUUCCAGAUCGCGAACGGUGUGAAUUUUUCAGCAAACUUGGUGAUAUCUAUAUCCAGCUGUUCCAGCACCAGUUUGACCGGAUUGGUGCUCUGACCUUGGAUGCGGAUGACGAGCAUUGGAUUUUUGAUCACAAUCGACCACUUUCAGUAUUAAUGAACGACCAGACCCUUGCAGGAAUUGAGCCAUGCCACUGGAUAGCACCCAGUCAAACAUUUCAUUCGACCAUAGAUUAUGCCUAUACAAUACACCAGGCUUUGCUUGACGACUUUCAUCAGCGGAGAGACAGUAUUAUAGGCAAAGAUGAUGCCUGCUCAUACAUCUACAGCUUGCACAAACUCCGUCAAUUUUUGAUGGAGUGGGUAAAGCCUGAAUACAACCAUGGCCCGUUCAUUUUGAUGCAUGGUGAUCUACGGUCUGCUAACAUACUUGUUGAUGAUGACCUAAAUAUUGUCUCUGUGUUGGACUGGGAAUGGAGCCACACCAUCCCUGUGCAGAUGUUUAUUCCUCCGUCCUGGCUUGAUGGCCUUGAGUUGGUAGGAAGCGCAAAAAUGCCCCACCGACUGCUCUAUGAAAGCAUGCUGUUUACUUUGGAAAUGGAAACAAGACAACGUGAGAGUGAAUAUCAUCCGGAGUGUCGGUAUCUUGACAACCUCCCAUUGGCCAAAAUAUGGAGGAAAACCCUCCGAUCUCCUGACCUUUUUAUCGCACACGGGCUCUUGCAACCCCUUUACCUUGGUAAUCUGUACUGGUCUGUGCUUGAAUAUGAUUAUUAUGGGAAUGACCGAAUUCAUUUUGAAAAGAGAAUGAAUGAUUUCUUCAGCCUAGAGAUACACAAGCCAGAGUUGGAAGCAGUACAGCAGAAACUUCAAGAACUCGAAGGGUUUGAAGUAGAAUGUGAUAUGCUUGGAAUUGAAAGAGAGACACGAGAGACUGAAAAGAGUGGGAACAACCAUUCAAACAAUACCCUUGGGAAACCAAGUGCUGAUUCACCUGCACCUUUGCAUCGUCCAAGAACUAGCCUCAAAAGCCUUGUACUGAAACUCCCAUGGCUAACCCAAACAAUGACACAUUCGCGCUGGGCAUUUAUCGGGACCACGCUCAUUGCAGCUUGUUGUGUCAUUAUCAUACAUCAGCGGAAGUGAUCGAGCGUAUUCAUUCAAGACUGCAAAAGCCGAAUGGAGGAUUCAAUUGCGACAAUUCUGUUGGUAGUAUCGAUAAAAUCUUUCUGGUGCUGAGCUAUCUCUUCGUCAAUUGUGAGUGUCGUCACGCCUGUGCGGGCGCCCCGCGCGUUGCGGGCGCUUGUUGAGAGCUGUUCUAACUCAUCGCGGCGCAGGUUGAGAUCGUUUAUGAAGCUAUUAAGUUGGGCUAGGCGUGCUUUAAGUUGUUCGAGCUCCAUUUUCUUCGCCUCCAGCUCAGCAAUGACGUCUUGACCCAAGGUUGGCGUGGUCCCAGACAUGUUGGAAGACUCAACGAGAUCACCAGUAACUUGCGGCGUGGAUUGGGUUUGUAACUAGCAACGCUAUAUAAUCAGUUUUAAUUUUCACUCAAGGGCUCUGCUCUUUGGUGGGAUUUGCGGUAGAAAUGGUGGGAUUUAUAUAUUCAUGGCGUUACGGAGUACAGCAGAUUCAAACUUGUCAUCCACAGGAUAUCGUCGGAGGGGGAAAUAAGGUGGGGGCACAAUUUAGAGGGGAGCCAAAAUAUUGGUCAAUCGAGAAAGGUGUUCGUGAGCAGGUUGAGGCAAAUGCCUUCUCAUCACUUCUUGGGACCUCUCAUACUAUUAAAAUCCAAGUAUUACUGUAUAGCUCUCAACCAAUAAUUUCAAUUUAGUU